AUGGGACUGUCCCGCGUCACGUUACCUGGCAGACGGAAGAUUCAGCCAUUUCGAGCGCUGUCUUUUAUUUGUAACACUAUUGGACGUAAACCAUUUCCACCUCUUACGAGCCUGGGAGAACAUCGCACGCAAAUCUCCGCGAAUUCACAAGUUUCCAAGGCAUUAUUUAACGGGUUUUUGUAAUUGUUGCUAUCAAUCUGAUAGGGUGCGGUUGAGAAACCAGAACACGGCGGAUUUCUAUGGAAAUUUAAAGCUCCGGCCUUCAUCUUUUUAAAGCUUCACUUAAAUUACUCAACUAUCAACAUGGACUACGCGAAUUUGACGUUUCUUGUUUUGUUAUUCAUAAAAGGCGUGCUUGGAGUUGAGACCAGUUCAGUGAAGACGCUUGAAGUGACAGAAGGCGACCCUGUCUUUCUAGACAGUUGUGUUACCAAAAUACAGAAAGAUGAUAAAGUCGAGUGGAAGUUUGGAUCUCGUGUCAUCGCCACUAUUGUGUCCAACAGUGCGUUAUUGUAUGACACCGAUGAUGGCAUAUUCGCAGGCAAACUACAAGUAAACGACCAAACUGGAGAUCUCACCAUCAGGAAUCCCAGACCUAAACACUCCGGGCUUUAUGAGGUGAAGAUCACCAGUGUCAACAGUGCAAUGCCAUGCAAGACUUUCAGGGUUGCUGUGCUUGAUGCCAUGCCUAAGGAGGUGUCCGUAAAGGUGGGAGAGCCUAUCAUUUUACAGCAUAAUAUCCCUGACGUACACAUGUAUGAUGUAAUAGAGUGGAUGUUUGAAGAUGGCGAGACUGCCAUCGCUCGAAUCAACAAACAGAUCAGUAAAAACCCCUCGUAUGAUGAAAAGAAUGAGAAAUUCAGAGGCAGACUGACGCUGGAUCAGACCGGAUAUCUGACCAUCGCAGACUCCAAAACCACAGACUCUGGACUUUAUAAACUAGAGGUGAUAGGAACCAAUUUAAAAGGGAACCGGAACUUUCGUGUUCUAGUCAGCGAACCGGGUCUGUCCACAGUUUCUAUUGUGAUCAUUGUGGUGGUUAUUGUGUUGAUCGCAGUGGCGGUGUUCAUCGGGAUUAAGUGUUGCAACAAAGGAAAGACUGUGGUAUGAAAAUAGCAAAAUGGAGAUAAAGGACGUCCAUUGAAAUAACAACAAUAGGUCAGAGCGUCUGUAACACGGCUCUUGAAAUGAACAAGAGCGAACUUUUUGGGCAUAAAUAGAGAAAACAUGCUUACAUAAUCUACAUAUGCACCUUUGCUGGAAUCAUUUGGCUCUAAAUGCUGAUUUUAUUCAUUUUUGUUGUCGUUUUAAAUCAUUAGUCUCAAACUGGAUUCCUGGAGGGCCGCAGCUCUGCACGGUUUUACUCCAACCCCAGUCAAACACAGCUGAUCCAAAUAAUCGAGUUUUCAAAAGAAGCUGCGGUCACACCAGAGUUUGUGUGUACAAAAUUCUGUCCUGCGGCGCUGCGAAGAGGGGCGGGAUUAAACAAGAUGAUUAGACAUUUAAAAAAAGCGAGCGAUUGCUCCAUGUUUUAAAUUUCUGUCCAGAGGGGUCAUGUUUUGAUCCUCGAUGGGUCUCACGCAGUCAAGUGAUGCGAUUUCGCAGGUCAGAGUUCACCAAGCUUGAUCUUUGCACCGCAGCAAACUGCGAAACUUGGCGCAUGACCCUGCGUUUCUGGUCUGACGCAUUCGCGUGCGUAUGAAUGGAAGUCUAUGGGAGAAAAAGCCCAGUGUGACCGAAGCUAGAGUCUUGAACACCUUGAUUAGUUGGAUCAGCUUUGUUUGAUUAGGGUUGAAGCAAAGGAAUCCAGUUUGAGACCUGAAUGGUACAGUUAGUAUAUAAUAUGAGAAAUCAACCCUGUUAUAAACUGAUAUCUAAUCAUGCUGGCUGAUGGGACUGCAGCUUUAAUGCUUCUGGUGGAUGUUUUUUAGAUCAUACGUUACAUUGACUACAUUUUUUUGAAACAAUUGUUUUCUAUUGAGAUUUAUUUCAUGCCUUAGAGGGCCAAAGAAGGGACUGUGUGAAAGAUGUUUUUAUCGUAACUUUCUAUAUGUAACUACUUUAAGGUUUUAGAUUUUACUGUCAAAGAUGUUUUGUUUACAUGAAGACGGAUUGAGAUGACUAUUUGUUCGCUUAAAGGGCGAUAUGGUUAAUGAAUGUUUUCAGCUGGGAUACUUGAGCUGUUUUUGAAAUCGCUGGGAUUCAUCAGUUGUAUGAAUGCCAGAUUUGUUGCACUUGCUGAUAAGCCAUUGAAUGGCCUCACUUUGAAUAUGCAGCCUUACUGUUUUACUUUUUGUUAUUUCUCUGCUAUGGGCUGUAAUGGGAAAUGAUGACCUCUCGCCAACCUGAUUUCACCAAGUAGGACUGGUUUCUGGAUUAGCAUCUAUGUUGAUCCUGGAACAACAUUCCAAUCAGCCAAUCAGAAUUAAGGGAUAUGUUUACUGUUUAUGUCAAGUUUAGGUUUACGCACUUCUACUUGAUUAUUAUCCAACUAUUAUUCCUCUCUUGUUUUGGGAAUAAUUUACAGUUGUGGUUUGGGUUUAGGGGUGCAGAAUAGAUGUUGUGGAUGUUAAUCCGGGAUUGCAUUGUACUUUGCAAAAUCAUGAUGUGUGAGGACAUCUUGAUGCCUUUUUGUAUUGUAAGAAAUGUAUGGAAUUAUAAAAAAAGGAUAAAUACAGUGGAUAUUUUUAAGAUGAA